UUAAUUGUAGAAAAAUGAUGGGAGAAAAGCCCAUUCUUUUGGUGACUCAACUAUAAUCAUUUAAUGUCGCACAAUUGUAACUGCAAGUGAUCUUCGUCUCAUACGCAUUUGAAAAAUUUAUAUUUCCGUUUUAUCCCGUACAAGUUAUUUUAUCCAAACAAUUGUUAGAUCAUAAAAAUUCCACGUUCAAUCAGUAAUUGGAACGGUUGUCGAAAGUUUUAAGGAUAACAAAAAACAUGAAUAGAGAAAUAUGGGAAGGCGAAAAGGAUUGCAGUUGUGAACAUGGCUGUUUGCGCUUGUAUGCAGAUAUCACAUCGGUUAAAUUUCGCUGUUCAACUGCAAAGUCUACCUUUAGACAACUUGAACAAGUUAUUAAAUUACAAGCCGAUGUGAAAAAAGGGAUCGAACUGAUUAUGCCUAGUGGUAAAACGUUCAAACAAGAAUACGGAUCAGACUUUAGUAAGAUCCGUGUGCUUUCUAUCACAACAGUACAAGAUUUGAUUCGAAACAUUGAAAAAUGUCCAAGUGUAAGAGAACUCAUCAAGGGUACGGAAUACGAAGAAAUGUACUACGAAGCUAGAGAACAAUAUUCAGAAGUUAUCGAUAAAUUUCUAAAAGUUAGCGAUGAAGAUAUCCUGCGGCUGGAAAUGGAUUCUUCUUAUGAGAUUGAUUUGUAAUUACGUAUUAAUCAAUUAUUACUCCGUACUAAAAAAAAUGUCAUAUUUUGUAUAUAAAAGUAUUAUUGAAUAAAAUAAAAUAAUAUUUAUACGCCUUUUUGGUAUUAGGGGCGGGAAUUAUUGUUA